AUGGCGCCUGAUGUCGUGUCCUCGAUCCCCACGGUGCCUGUGACCCAGGACCGCAGGGCACCCCUGGGCCUGGAGAAGGACAUCAACGAGCCAGGCGUGCCGCGCGCCAACAAGGCGGUGUCGCGCGAGCGCCCAGAGGGCAGCCCUGCCAGCCUGGCCCGCGAGGACUACUCUCACGUGGCCUUCUUCGAUCGCGACAAUGACGGCGUGCUGUGGCCCAUGGACACGUACGUCGGGUUCCGCCGCAUCGGGUUCAACCGCAUCAUCUCGUUCCUGGCCGUGCCCUUCAUUCACGGCUCCUUCUCAUAUCCGACCGGGCUGUCGUGGAUUCCCGACCCAUUCUUCAGGAUCCACAUCAAGAACAUGCACAAGGCAAAGCACGGCAGCGACUCGGAGGUGUACGACACUGAGGGGCGCUACGUGCCUGAGAAGUACGAGGAGCUGUUCAGCAAGUAUGACCGCGACAACAAGGGCGGGCUGAACUGGAACGACAUCCAGGAGAUGAUCAAGGGGAACAUGAACAUCGUGGACCCUGUUGGCUGGACGGCUGAGCGCCUCGAGUGGUGGGCGCUGUGGCUGCUGUGUGCUGACGACGACGGCGUCAUCUCCCGCGAGAAGAUCCGCGCCCAGUACGACGGCUCUCUGUGGUACAUCCUGGCUGAGGAGAAUGAGCGGCGCCAGGCGGCACGCAAGGAGGCGAACAGGAGCAAGUGGGAAUGA